AGCGUGGCGCCGGUCGAGCGGCCCCACUUCCGGUCGGCGGGCAAAAACUUAGGGUUCUCCUUUAACUGCGGUGGGCGGGACACGACGACGCCACCGGCGUUGCUAUUGGCGGCGAUUGGGGGCGCGGAAACUGAACUGGCACAACUGCCGCCGCACCUACCUCGGGUUUUUGGGGUGCCUUUGGUCCUGCUAGCCUCGCCACCCUGCCAACUCCGCCAUGGCCGCUCCCAGCCCGGAGGACCCCUCAUUGGAGAGGCAUUUUAAGGGCCACCGAGAUGCAGUUACUUGUGUGGACUUCAGUCUCAACACGAAGCAGCUGGCCAGCGGCUCCAUGGACUCGUGCCUCAUGAUCUGGCACAUGAAGCCCCAGUCACGUGCCUACCGCUUCACGGGCCACAAGGAUGCUGUGACUUGUGUGAACUUCUCCCCAUCGGGACACCUGCUUGCAUCAGGCUCCCGAGACAAGACUGUUCGCAUCUGGAUACCCAAUGUCAAGGGUGAGUCAACCGUGUUUCGUGCACACACGGCCACAGUGAGGAGUGUCCACUUCUGCAGUGAUGGCCAGUCGCUUGUGACAGCCUCUGACGACAAGACAGUCAAGGUGUGGUCAACUCACCGCCAGAGAUUCCUGUUUUCCCUGAGCCAGCAUAUCAACUGGGUCCGCUGUGCCAAGUUCUCCCCCGACGGGCGGCUCAUUGUAUCUGCCAGUGAUGACAAGACUGUCAAGCUGUGGGACAAGACCAGUCGGGAGUGUGUCCACUCAUACUGCGAGCAUGGCGGAUUUGUCACCUAUGUGGAUUUCCACCCCAGUGGUACCUGCAUUGCUGCCGCUGGCAUGGACAACACAGUGAAGGUCUGGGAUGUGCGGACUCACCGGCUGUUGCAACAUUAUCAGCUACACAGUGCAGCCGUGAACGCCCUGUCCUUCCAUCCGUCGGGAAACUACCUCAUCACAGCCUCCAGCGACUCAACCCUGAAGAUCCUGGACCUGAUGGAGGGCCGGCUGCUCUACACACUCCAUGGGCACCAGGGACCUGCCACCACCGUUGCCUUUUCAAGGACUGGGGAGUAUUUUGCUUCUGGAGGCUCUGAUGAGCAGGUGAUGGUUUGGAAGAGUAACUUUGAUGUUGUUGACUGUGGAGACGUGAAGGUGCAGAGGCCUCCCCGCCUGGCCAGAUCUGCUGGAAAUCUGCCAGAAAUGGAUUUACCUGGCCCACCAGGCAGAGACAAGAUUCUGGAGUCGGUGCAAGGCCAGCCCCAGGAGCCCGUCAGUAUGCCCCAGACCCUGACCAGCACACUGGAGCACAUCGUGGGCCAGCUGGACGUCCUCACACAGACAGUGUCCAUCCUGGAACAGCGGUUGACACUGGCAGAAGACAAGCUGAAGCAGUGCCUGGAGAACCAGCAGCUAAUCAUGCAGCGAACGCCGUCGUGAUCCAGGGAGCAAGAAUCAGGAGCUCAGUUGAUUAGGAGGACAGCAGGCCAGGGAUUUGUACGGGGACUUGAGUAAAUAAAUAAAGGGAUUCAGCCCUGAGGGAGCCACAUCUGUACCCAGUCUGAGAUUGGGUGCUCCUGCUCCCCAUCCCCAAUUGCUGUUUGUACCUGGAAGCUGACCAUGGGAAGCGCCAGUGGGCGGAGCCACACAGAAGGGAGGCUUGUGACCACACCUAGUUUAUUAACAGAAAGGAGCCAAUUGAGCUGGGCGCUUCCUCCGAGUACUAAGAUGGUGGCACACUGCCUAGAGAGCCUUGCUGGGUUUCCAUUCACCUCACCUCAGCCUCCUGACUGGCUUCUAAGUUGGCAUACUGCUCAUUGCUUGGAUAAGGCAAGAAUUUUCUCCCCAUCUGACCCUUCCCCCCCACCAAAAAAGCCCCCAAGGGACACAUCAGAGUCAGGUUUAUUUGGGAAUAAGCUUGGUGGAAUGGGUAGGGCCUUUGGAAAGGCUUUAAUUUCUGUUACCACAUAUAUUCGCAAGGGCCUGUGGCUUCUUCCUCUCUACAUGCAUGGGUACAGAGGGAUCUGGAAAUUAAAACUAAUUUGACUGA